AUGUCAUCAGUGAAGAAUAUUUCAGUGGUCAACGUUGAAGUUCUCGACACUGAAACUAGUAUCAACGAAUUCUGUUAUUUCGAUAAACCGUGGUACAGAUAUCGUCAUCUUCAAAAACUUUGUUUGCAUAUAUUUGUGACAACUUUAGCAUCUACUAACAAUGGUUAUGAUGGAAGUAUGCUUAAUGGUUUGCAGGUAUUUGAGCGCUGGAAUAAAGCUAUGUCUUAUCCCUCUGGAGCGGUUCUAGGAGCAUUAUCUAAUGGUACGACCUUCGGCGCAAUCUUAGCAUAUUUUGUUGCAAGUUGGCUAUCUGAUAAGAUAGGUAGGAAAAAUGCAACUAUAGCUGGUUCAACUAUUACCUUCAUCGGGUCAAUAUUGCAAGCUAACUCUACCAAUUAUGCUUUCUUUUUGAUCACAAGAAUCAUUCUCGGAUUUGGUAAUGGAAUCACAGCAGUUUCCUGCCCGCUACUUAUUGCAGAGAUUUCCUUUCCAGAUAUGAAGAAGGAAAGUGAACCUAAUACUACGAGUUUAAAGUAUAAGCUAUCUGCUUUUAGGUCAACAGCUACAACUUCAUAUGGAGUAUUUUGGUAUUUAGGAGCCCUAGUUGCUGCAUGGGUCACAUACGGGACUAGAGUUAUGCAUACAAGUUACUGUUGGAGAAUUCCCUCAUACAUGCAAGGAUUCUUCCCUAUAGUUCAAAUAAUUGGCACUUGGUUUUCUCCGGAAUCUCCUAGAUAUUUAAUUUCCAAGGGAAGGACUGAGGAGGCAAGGAAAGUAAUCAAGUACUACCACACCGGUGACUCUGAUGACGAAAGAUCCCGUAGAUUUGUCGAAUUUCAAAUUAAAGAAAUUCAAGCUUCGAUUGAAUUAGACAAAGCUUCAAAUUUAUCUUCCUAUGUUGACUUUAUCAAAAUUCCUUCCUUCAGAAAGAGACUAUUUCUUAUCGUCAUAGUCGGGAUCAUGGUAAAUUUAUCCGGGAAUGGAUUAGUUUCUUACUACUUAAAUCUAGUUUUGGACUCUAUCGGAAUCAAGAGCGAAGAUAUGAAACUACAGAUCAAUGGUUAUCUAAUGACGUACAAUUUUGUUAUUUCAUUAGUUAUUGCAUUUACUGUGGGUAGAUUUAGGCGUAGAACUAUCUUCCUAUUGUCGACUGCCUUGAUGCUAAUAUUUUAUGUCAUCUGGACUAUUUUAUCAGCCCUAAAUCAAAAGAGCAACUUUGAACACAAGUCUCUUUCAAAUGGUGUACUUGCUAUGAUAUUCUUGUACUACUUUGGCUAUAAUCUAGCUCUCAAUGGAUUAUGCAGUCUUUAUAUUACCGAACUUCUCCCAUAUUCUCAUAGAGCAAAAGGUGUUAAUAUUUUCCAGUUCUUUGUCAAUGCACUUAUCAUCUUUAAUGGCUUUGUCAAUCCUGUUGCAAUGAAGGCCAUUGAGUGGAAAUAUUACAUCGUUUACUGCUGUGUACUAGCUGUGGAGUUUAUUGUAGUAUACUUCACAUUUGUCGAGACAUCCGGUUAUACGUUAGAGGAAGCUUCAGAAAUCUUCAACGAAACUGCAAGAUCUGAAUCAAUAGCUUCUAGUGAUGUGAAAGAGGUCCAUGCAGAAGUUAUUCUUUCGAAAGUCUAG